AGGAGCGUGUACGUGCGUGUGACUUUGCGGGCAUGCGCGCCUCCUCUGCGGCGUUAGUCCGUGCGUGCGGGCCUGCGUGCGUGCGUGCCUACGUGCACGUCCACCGAGGAUGGCGGGAACCCUCGCGCUCAUGCUGGUGCUUCACUUUGGUUGGCUGCCGCAGUCGGCGCUGGUGAGCUCCGCCCGCUGUGACGCCGUCUUCAAAGGCUUUUCCGACUGUUUGCUGCAGCUGGGGGACAACAUGGCCAACUACCCCGCCGACCUCGACGACCAGCAGAACCUGCACAAGAUCUGCACCUACUGGGAUGACUUCCACUCGUGCGCCAGCACGGCGUUGUCCGACUGCCAGGAAGGCGCCAGCGACCUUUGGGAGAAACUCAAGAAAGAAUCUCGCAGUCUGGAUUUUCGCGGGAGUUUGUUUGAACUUUGCGGCGGGGGAAACGGCGCCCCCUCCGGGCGGGGCCCGGCAAGGGCCUUCCUGGUCCUGCUGCCCAGCCUGCUGACCUGGCUGCUGGCCCUUUAGGAGAGACGCCCACUCACCCGGAAUCCCCCCCCAACCCCCCAAAAAGUGGAAAGCGGAGCCCCGCGUUUGCCCUCUGCCUUCUCGGCGCUUGGUCCAACCCCGCCACCCGUCAUGACGCUUGGUGAAACUUCGAGGACAUUCGGUUGAGACGUCGCAGGACUUUUUCAAAAUGAUGUCGUCGCUGAGCGGGCGCCGGGCGGGCACAACAUUCCCGUCCCAAAAGCAGCAAAUUGUCCCCCCCUGCAAUAUAGUUUUAGCAGCUAGCUUGCGAGCUAGCUUUUUCUCUCUCUCACUCCCUUCUUUGGCUGUGUUGGGAAGCCCACCCUGGUUUGUGGAAAGGCACUUCUGGGACCUUCCGCUGUUGCCAAUUUGAAGCGCUUCAACAUUCCAGCCAGUCAGCAUUUGAAUCUUUCACUCUUUUCAUGUUUUGGCGCCAUCAUGUUUUGCACUUGAACAUGGGUUAGCCCAAGUUCCAAGGUCUUUGCCCGCACCCGACUGCUCUGUAGAACAGCCAUUUUUUGUUGUUUUUUUUUCAGUGGCCCUUGGUUGAUGUCCAAAACAGCCAAAGUUUGUGGACACCCAUGGGCUGGAAGUGAGUGAUGCUGACUUGCGUGACACCGUGACACGUGUCACCUUCUCAGCCUUUUUAGGACAUGAGCACAAACGUGGGCCUGGCGCUACGCCCAUUCAGCGUAGAGCUGCGAAUCCAAACCUUUGCGUUAACAUGGGCUCAGGCUAACCAGAGUGGACUUGCGCCAACGAAUGUCUUUGUGAAUGAGUUUUCUCAAUGCGGCUAAGUUGGGGUUCAACACUUUGUCGAGGAUUUGCGUGGCUAACGGUCAUCGGCUGCAGCUGAGUGUUGAACCGAGGAGGGCAACGUGUGACUUUUAGCACAGCUCUUGUCUUGCGUCAGCUCAUGGUCCUUUGUGAUGUCGAUGCGGUGGAUUUUCGCCGGAUGAAGGUUUGAAUUCUUCACAUUUCCGCGUUUUAACCUUGUCCUAUUUUAACGUUUAGGGUUCUUAUGUUUUGGGUGCUAAUACACUUUAACGUGUUGCACGUUAACAUUUUUGUGUUUUCAUGUUUAGUGUUUACGUUUUAGCAUUCCAGCAUUUUACCAUUUACUGUUUUCAGAGUUUUGUUUUCACUUUUCAUCGUUUUAACGUUUUAGCGUUUCAAUGUUUUGCGUUCUAACAUUUGAGCGCUUUUGCGUCCACGCCCAUGUGCUUGCAGGUUCCUAAUCUUUUAGCAAAGAGGUUUGAAGUUUUCUUUGUGCUGGUUUCCUGAA